UGGAAGCUUUGAUCUCCUCAACUACAAACUUAAGAAUCCCAUUUGUGAGCGAUUUCGGUGGAGCAGAAGCCGUAGAGGAAUUUUGAAAUGACAGUGCUUCUUUCUGGAAGAAUAUUAUAGUUUUUAUAAUUUUUAAAACAACGAGGAGCGUUACAGACUGCCAAAGAAGCGAGGAUUGAUGAAAUGUUGACUUCACGACUUCGUGUCGUUAAAAGCCGCUUGCCUUUCCGGAACUAGAAACAGCUGAAGUUCAAUGUUUUGGGGAUAAAUCAUCUUUGUUUUAAGAGUUUAUUCAGAAACGAAUCGACGUUUACAAGACUGUUCUGAAACACCGAGCUUUAUUUGAACUGAUCUCGUGUAUAUUGGAAGAUUAUAUUUUGUGGGAGGAAUUCAUCACACACUUGUUGACAUUUUGGUAGCGGUGAAGAUUGUUUCGGAGAUGAAAUUGGUCCAAGAGAAGGGAGAUCACACUGUUACCUUCACCCUGACGGUAGCUCUAGCUUUUCCAUCAGAUGACAGUGAACCCAAACCUGUAAACCGAGGAAUUGCUGCCAUUAAAGGGAAACGCAAGUUAUUUGAGGCACCAAAACCGCAUCAUUAUUAUCAUUUAGAGUAUAAACUUUUUCCCACUGAUCCUGAGCCGGUGAAGGCAGAUGUUGUAACUUAUGGUGUUGCAGCCAAAAUCUACUCUGAAAGUGACUCUAAGGUGUUGAAGACAUGGAGAGAAGGGGAAAGAACUUGGGUUACUUGGACCCACAGUCACACUGUCCCAGUCACCACAGAGCUUCUACUUCAGUUGUUCAGCCACAACAUGGAUCUCAAGAUCUGGGACACAAAAGACAAGGUGUCUCCACGUGCACGCUUUGAUAGACCCAAGGCCUUUAGGCUCCCUGCAUCAAGGGACCCUGAGGAUCUGGAGGCAGCAAGUGGAGGUGUCAUGCAAAUUGUCACUAAUCAACAGCAAUCAUAUGAAAGCAAUCAGCCAAAACAGUCACGGAUUUUUCACUCAGAUGACAAAGAGACUAAGCGGUACCCAAGAACAGCUCAAGGCCAUAUUCCUGCCAUGUCAGAGAUGGCGUCCAUUCCUGACAACAGAGCCAUCACUGCACCAUCGACAUUUCGUUCGUUGUCUUACAUAACGAGUCCAUCAACAGCCACUGGUACUGGUAGCAUGGUCAAAGUUCAGGUUCGAGUGGACGAACAGGACCCCCCACAGUUCAGUCGCUUAGCAACCUUGGCUGGUGUUACUCCACCAAUGACAGAUGCAGAAAUUCAACAGUCAGAACGGAGGAAAAUACGAUCACAAUCGAAGAAAGAGAGGACCAGCUCAAAAUUGGAAGUAAUAAGAAAGAAAACAUCCAAUGCUAAGACCAGCCCAUCCAAGAAGGACCUUGCCUUGGCUGCAGCACACACCAGAACUCAUGGAACAGCAGCGCUCUCGGUGAAGAUGUGCACGUUUUUUUCUGGUGCAAAAUCGACGACGACAAAACUGGGAAAAUCCGUGGGCAGUAUAGAAGAACUUCUGCUUUCUGUAUCACUUGACAAUGAUCUCCUGUCAGGAAUUCAGAAGCGAGUGCUCAACCCCAUGGUAAUAAGAGUGUCAUCGGCGAGUGAACUGCCUUGUAAACCAAUGACGUAUAUGCAACUCAGGGAAAAAUGCAAACCAGUGCACGUGUCAUACCAAUUUUACGAACAGCCCUUACACGAGAGCGCAGGUAGGGAACACGGGAGUGACGUCUUCUGGGAAGAUGUGAAUGUGGUCCUUCUUGGGACAUUAGACAAAAGUGGUCUCGCAGAGUACCUCCAGGGGCCCCAUUUCCAAAUCGAGGUCCACGACAGGGACCGUAAAAUCGAGCCAAAGAAACCCAAGCCCAGUUUGUUUGGUGAGAACCCGGAAGACGAGAUGAUCAAUAACGUUAGCUUGGUGGCAGGUCGUCGCACCACUCACAAUCCAUUCACAAGCCGUAAUAAGCCAUGGGACCCGUACGGCAUUGCCAAGUUUGAUCUGUCAGGGUUGUUACUAGGUCACAAGUAUCUGUAUCUAAGGUCGCCUAUCCACUGCUGUCCUCUGCCGGAUACUCGCUCAGGGCUGGAGAAACCAGACGGACCCAUAUUGGGUCAGCCGGGAAAUGUGGACGCACCAGAGGACAAACCCAUGCCUGUAGCUAACUAUCUGGAGGCUGGUAGCGAACUAAAAAUUAAGGUCGACUUGGCUUACCCUCUGAAUGCCACUGAAGAGGAGAAAAAAACUGACGAAUCUAUUGAAGAGGAAAUGUGUCCAUUCGGUCGAAUUAUCUAUAUAUUUGAAUACAAGAACGCGCCUUUUCUCCGACAACUUCAGUCCGAGAUCACAGCUGUGAAUGCGGAGGCACUGGAACUAGAUACUCUUCCACAGCAUGUGAUCGAGGCCGCUCUCUCAACAUACAAGUUGUCCAAAGAACAGAGAAUAAAUAAGAAACUGGAUAUUAUUACGGGAUUUCAGGUUUUAGACGGCCAGUAUCAUAUAUUUGUGUUAGAAGGCUUGACAGAAAAAGGAGUAAGACGACUUUGGGAAAAACUUCCCAGGCCACAAGAGGAAGAUAUCACCAAAUUCAACGUUCUCUACAACUCUGACCUGAGAUCCCAUGAGCGGCUGUAUGCAGCGCUCGAUGUGGACUUGUGCCGAGUCAGACUUCACGAGCCACUCGAGGUCAUAGUCCAAAAUCCUUUGCUGUACGUCAGGGACCUGGUACCCAAACCUUGUUUUGAUGCACUGGCGAAACUUGAUCAGGUGUUGAAGCUAUCAAAACUCCGCGAAGUUUAUCGAAAUGAUUUGUUCCCAUCCGCUGACAUGAUCGUUUCUAUGAGCCGCGAAUUUGGAGUACCGCUGACCGCAGAAGAUUUUGGAGAACUUGAAUCCAGCAGUGGCUCUCAAAUUGAGGAGGCUGGUUCAGGUAAAUUUCUGGAGGAGCCUCGACCCAGGACUACUCGACCAUGGACGCCCCUGUCACUUUAUAAUUCAGAUUACGUCGCGUUGGUUAAAGAAAGAGAAAGAGCUCUGGUAAAACACGACUUCAUCCAGGAGAACAUACUAAAAACGCAGGCAAAAGAGCCAAAGAGAAGAUCGCAGACCAUCGCUGUGGAUAUGACUGAGCUGCAUCAGCAAACCGCACACAACUACAGUAUACAGACCUUGAAUUCCACAGAACUGGCUAAAGAGAAGCUAAGAAACGUACUUGAAAAGGACAGAGAUCGCCGUUUCACUUACUGUCCUAUGUACAACUCGGCCACAGUUCUUCCUAUUCAUCCAGAAACUGUCAAGAAGCAAGAUUUUCUCUCCUCUAAGAAACUUUGGAGAACAGAAAACGGAUUCAUUUUCCCAGGAAAGAAAACCUCGUUGGUUUCAAAUAUUCACCCUAGGAAACCCGACUCGGCCCGAGUAGACGAACUUCGCAAGCCAUGGAAGGAGAACAUUUUACACGCCAACAUUCUUAAACCAACAGUAGAUAGGGAGAACUUCCCCUGGGAUUAUAGAGAUGCUGAUCUGAAUUUACUUUCCCUUCCUCCUCCGUUCUUUGACAAAAAUCCAUGUUUGUCAGUUCACGCCGCCGGCGACACCAAAGAACAAGAACAAGACGAAGCUGACAUGGAGACCACGCGCCAAUGGCGAGAUAGAAUCGUUGUGGACGAUACAAUAUUUCGUACGCAUCGUUGUCUACCAGAGACUGAACUCAAAGACAGAGGCGCUAAAGCUUCGAACCAACUGGCAAAGCUGGAAGGACUUUUGAAAAAUUACCCCCAAAAAUUUUCGCUUUCAAGAGAAGGACUCACUUUGGCGGAGAUUCCACCACUAGCUGUGGUGGUGAAUCCUAGUGUGGAUGCUCCUGCGAGGAAAACCGGGAAAUUAGUUCCCAUUACAAGGGACCUCAAGGAAGAAAGAAACUGGGGAUUUUAUCCGGGACCUUUUGAGGACGAGGGCUGGCUCAUGGAGAAGAAUAAGAUCCCAAUACCAGAUCAGGAGCACGAAAGGUUUAAGACCCUUAAGGGCCACGAUUUCAGGUCAUAUCACAAAGACAAAGAUAUCCUCUGUCGCCGUCCUAUCGAACCUUUGAAAGAUGACGAAAAAGACAAUCACCUUUUUCCUGUUGCGGAUAUCUGCAGUUAACAAAGGCUGAUAAAUCACCUUGAAAACGAUUAUAAUUAUCACCGUGUUCGAAGAAAAAGAAAAGUAGAAAAAACAGACAUUUCUGUACCAGUGUGCUUUAUCGCAUUUGUUAGCGCUGUGUUGUAUCAACUCGCUCUGAGUGAACCAACAUUUCUCAUACAGAAGAAUUUAUUUCACAAAGCUUGUUCAUAAGUUUAUUCUAAAGUAUUGGUUCUAUGUACAAAUGCAAUGUUAUAUUUGACCCGCUUUGAUGUAAUUCAGUUGUACAGUUAUCUAAACUCAAAAUCAUUCCCUUGGUUUUAAAUAUGCAUUAUCGUUUGUAAAUUUUUUUUUAAAAUAGAUCUACAAGCCUAAAAAAAAUUAUAGGCGCUUUUCGUCUAGGCUUGCCAAUAAAAUAUUGUUUCUUCAGAAGUUUUUUUUUAUCUUAGAUCAGCUUAAAUGUAUACGUAUAAUUUCACUAAUCUAUCCCCUUACCCACAAAAGUAUCUGUGGUAAAUAUUUAACCUUUGAAUUCCAUGUUUUGCAAUCGAACUUAACCCCAAAAUGCUCAUCAAAUAUAAUUUGUUCAUUUGGAACCUUGAGGCACCAAUUCAUUCUCUCCCGAAACAAUAAGCUUUCUUUCCAUUUCAUCAAAUUUUUGUAAAUUAAUUUUUUUCAGUAUGAAUUAUGCCUUCCUAUUCA